AUGACACGAUCAACACCCGUACCGAUCACGACUCUAGCCCGCUAUCCGCUCUUUUCCGAGUCGACGGCGGCCUCGCUUCCUUCGCCUCUGGCCCACCUGCCGAACCGAUCCAGUUCGCCUCUGUUCCCGGCCUCCCCACCGCACACCUCCCCGAGUCCGAUCGCAUCCACUUCAGCAGCCCCGACCCGAUCACAGCAGCACCCACCAAGAGCACCUUCGAUCGAUCGAGAGAGACGGACAUCGCGUGCAAAGUCGGUGCGCGAGCUCGACUCGGGCUCGAUCGUGCUCGCGACCCCGUCCGCCGACUCGUUCUCGCUCCGUUCUGCUUCGUCCGUACACCACGACAGUCACGUUCCUCACUCCAAUCCUACCAGUUCCCCCGUUCCAUCGAUGGCGGCUUCAUUGAGCCCAGCGCCGGAUGCAUUGCCGAGCCAUAUCGCUCUCCCCAUGGCGCCCCACCUCGUGCCGUCAUCGAAUCUCGCCGCGCUUCCGAUCGAGCAACUCGUCGCGCUCGUCAUGGCCUUGUCCGAAGAUCGAGACUCGAUAACAGCCCAACUUGAAACGCGUCAACGGGAAUGCGAAGCGCUGGAGACCAUUUGUAGGGAUGCGGGCGUAGGGCCGGGCGAAGUCGAUCGAGCAAAAGUCAGGGCUCGAGUCGUGCCGAGCGAGCACACACCCCAGACGACGACGGCGGGGAGGAGGCCGAGUCGAAGUGCGCCGAUACGAAGCAGAGAGUGGAGGAUAGCAUUGCUACCGCCAACUGAAGCGCCUCCAACGUCGUCGACGUCGGAUUUAGAGACGAGUUCGGAGCAACCGCCAGCAUCAGCGACGCACCUUUUUCAAGUCGACCUCGACCUCGAUGAUUUGGCCGAAGCAAUGGGAGAGAAUGGUUUCCAGGUACCGAACGCGGGGACCGACACCGCUAAUGAAGGUGCUUCGAACGAGUCGGCUACUUCAGAGACGGAUAUCACCCCCUCGUCGACGAUUAGCAAGGCCAGGACGGGGAACCGGGGACGUCACGCCUCACUGUCCUCUCGCCUCUUUGGCAGCAUCCUCCUCGCUGGAACAUCUUCGUCGCCCCCACCACUCCCCGUACCCGACCUGAAUUCUUCAACCGCAGCGAAGGAUACCAAAAAGGAUCGCCGCAAGCGAUCCGACAGCGCGCAAAGCAGUUCAAGCGUAGCCUCGGGGACUUCUUCGAUCGUCUGCAACGACAGCGUCAAGUCUGACGAUCCGACGACAUCACCGGCGAACAAGGGAACUUACGAAGGUUGGAUUGGGUGGAAGAACUGGAGGGCCAAGGAGAAGAAGAGCACGCUCGCUUCGUCCGUUUUCGAGACCGAGACGACCAGCUCGAUCCGAUCUUCAGGUGGGCCAGACGAAGCGGGAUCAGAUCGAGUCGAAUCGCCGACGAUCGAUGUCGAUGCGACGACGGCGUUGGAUGAGGACGAGCUGGCGACGCCAAUGCCCAAGCCGAAUAGGACCAGCGACUUUUUCGCAUUAACGUCUCCGACUCGACCGAGGAAGGGCAGUAGUACACUGCAGCCUCGUCCAAAUGAGUCCGUCUCUCCUCCAGAAGAACCGGUAAACUCGGCCUCGCCACCGUCUGCUUCGAUACUUAGCGCGAUCACGACGGCCACCGCCAUUUCGGCCGACGAGACGAGCAGUUUGGUCUCACCGACGGAAUCCGACACUUCCUCUGCUUCGUCCGCGACUCCCGAUCGGAAACCGUGCGCCUUGGAAGGCCCAGGGUCCCCGCUCCUCACCCGACCUCGGGUCCCUUCUGCACCGAGUCUCUCGCACCAACAGGCUCACAGCGCUUCGGUUUCGGCGGCCGAGGGUGGGGCAAGUCUGUCGAGGACGUCGUCGUCUCGGAGCUCCCGCAGUUCGAGACAAGCGUCGUCGACCGUGCAUGAUGAUCUUUCGACAUCGGCGGCGACCAUCGAAGAGCCGGUGACGACGAUCGAGACCCCAGUCCAGGGCCUGAAAGUCGUACAAGAAGACGGCGAUACGACCGCAGACGCUGACAAUUCGGCUUCUAGCAUCUCGACACCGUCCGAGUCGCUCACAGAUGCAUCAUGGAAUGCGGAUCGAACGAUCAAGGCGCGGCGACGCGUUUCGGCGAACUUGUCAGAACGCAAGUCCCCGGCCCUCGUCCAAGCGAUCAUGACUCCCACCGCCAAGGAAACCCCGCUUGCGAGUGCGGCCACGAACCCAGGCUAUGUGGCUUCGGCCAAAGGUGCUUUCGGUCGAGCACUAGGGUUCGGUUCGACUCCUUCUUCGCCAAAGAUGGCGCGAUCGCUUUCGGAAGGGAUGCGACGUGCGAGCGGUGCUUCGUCGAUGCAGGGUGAACCGAACUUGACUCUAUUCCCCAAGCUGCCCACACUUUCCAAAUACUCUCCCGCUGCUCCUGCGGCUCUGUCCACGCCGUCAACGGUCGUUUCUCUUUCGGCGCAUGCGACUCCGAGCGUGAAGAGUCCUCCACUUAUGCCGAUGACGCCGACGAUCUCUUCGUCGGCUGCGAUCCCACCAACGAUGAUGGAGCUUGGAGUCAUUUCUGGUGAAGCUGCACCUCCUACAUUGGCCUUGCACAAUCCGACUUCUGGACAGGCAGCGAGCGCAGGCGAGGAAGGUCCUAUGGUCGAUCGCUAUGGGUUCGUGUACGACGUGCGUAGUGGGAUGAAGUUGUUGCGUGAAGCGAGGAAGAAGCAGGAACGAUCAAUGGGGAACGGAGGGUCAAGGCGGGUGUUCACGGACAUGGGCCACGACCACGACGACGACAACGAGGAGGAUCAGAUUGUUGCCGUUCCGGGUUCAAAGGAUGCCGGACCCGCUGUCGACGCCGUGCAGAGUCAAGCCGAACUCGAUGCCGAACUGGAGAUGUUGCGCGAGGCUCUGGGUAUCCCCCCACCUUCGUCGUCAAGGGCUUCUUCGCCUACGGCCGUUCGCUCGCCAACUGGACCUCGCUCGCCCGUUCCUAGCCUUGCGCCUUCCACAAGUACCACCACUUCGACGACCCCUCAUGCACCUCAUCUCACUAGCUCAGUUUCGUCGGAUCGACCCGCGACGACGGCUUCAAUCACCAGCCCCACGGCCCCCACCUCCGGUCCACAAAGCAUGAAACGCCUGCUCACCCAACUGCGCGAGAUGUCGGACGUACAAGACCAAAAACGUAAACUCGAAUGGGACACCUUCAUCUCGAAACGCCAAGCCAAACUCGCCAAGAUAGGUUCGUCAGGGAUGAGUGGGUCGACGAAUCUUCAUAAUGGUCUUGAGGAUGGGAAGGACUCGACGCAUUCCGCUGCGACUCGGAAACGAGCAUCGAGGAGCGUCGUCGUGCAAUCGGAUCAGAUCAAUGCAUUUUCCAAUAGCUCUGACGACGAGGGCGAUAAAUCGAAAAGUCGAGCAACGGCGGAUGAACAAGCUUGGCGAUGCGAAGAUCUAGUCGGCGUCAGUCAGAUGGGCGUCGAUGGCAAGUCUGGGAAAGAGGAUUGGGCCGAGUUCAAACAACUUGUUCGCAAAGGCGUGCCGAUCGCUUAUCGACCCAAGUGAGUCCUACUGAAUUCGCUGUGCCGCGUGAUCGUGAAACUCAAUGUGAUUUUCGUUUGUCUCACAGGAUCUGGGCUGAAUGUUCCGGAGCGAACGAGGCACGUGAGCCGGGGGUGUAUCAGGAUUUGUUGGCGCACAAGAAUGAGGAGAAUCAGUGCCUGAAUCAGAUUGAUAUGGAUUGUGAGCUCUGCGAGUCUCGAGUCCCGCACCGGGUUGUGAUACUGAUAUUCGCUCCUCGUGCUCCUGUAGGUCAUCGUACUUUCCCUACCAACGUCUUUUUCGCCGGCACCGGACCCGGCGUCGCCAAACUGCGCAACGUUCUCGUUGCCUACUCUCGACACAACCCUCUUAUCGGUUAUUGUCAAGGCAUGAACAAUCUCACUGCUACCCUUUUGCUCACUCAUCCUGCCGAAGAGGAUGCGUUCUGGGUCUUGGUGUGCAUCAUUGAGGUGCGUUCUUCCCGUCAGACUGAGUUGCAUCAUCGUGUGGGUUUUCAAACUGAGCCGAUGAUCCUCGGACUGUCCUCGGACUGUCCACAGAAAAUCCUUCCAUCUGACUACUACACCUCUCACCUCCUCGUCUCCCAAGCGGACCAGAGGGUCCUCAAGACUCUCGUCGUUCGUCUCAUGCCCGACCUCGCCGCCCACCUCGAAGAUCUAGGUGUCGAAUUACCAGCGAUCACGUUCGGUUGGUUCUUGAGUUUGUUCACGGAUGCGUUACCGAUCCAAGUGAGUCCCCCCCCCCCCCCUUCCCUUUCUCUGUGCUCCAGAGACUUACACACCUUUCUCUUUCUCUUGCCAGACCCUCCUCCGGAUCUGGGACCUCAUCUUCGUCUUCGGCACGGUCAUGCUCUUCCGCGUCGCUGUCGCCAUCCUCAAAUUGCACGAAACCGAGAUCCUCUCUUGUGAUUCAGCCGCGACUCUUUAUGCGCUCAUCAGAGCCAUGACGACUCAUUUGUACCAAGUCGAUAAAUUGCUCAAGGUGCGUCUGCUUCACAUGAGGAUUCUUCACCCGAUUUCGGCGUAAGGAGGAACUGACGAAUCAAGAGUCCCCCCAUUGGCCCGUAUCGCAUAGAUCGCCUGUGAGGAUUUGAAAACGGUGAUCAAGGAUCGGGAAGUCUCAACGUUGAGGAUGAAGCAUGUCAAUGAUUUGCAGCAGGAAUUGGGUAUCUUUCCUGAAGAACGGAGGGAAUAG